CACCAAGCUUCAUGUUUUUUUAUUACAAGAUUUGAUUAUUUAUAUGUGAGGAAAGGUGAGGGUCAUGCAUGGGGGAGGGGUGGUGCAUCUUUGUGUGCACAUGGAGGCCGGAAGUGGGUGUUGGGUGCUUUCUUCUCUCACUUUCCAUCUUCUCCUUUGAGGCAGGGUCUCUCCCUGAACCUCAGGCUGUUUUUCAGCUAGGCUGUGAGGCAGCGCGUCUGAGGAACCGUUCUAGAUUGGCUCACCUCAACCUGUAACCUGGGUUACAGGUGUUUGCAGGAUGCUCGACUGGCUACACUGAUGCUGGAACUUGAACUUCAAUCCUUAUCAUUUCACAAUAAGUGCUUUUAGCUGCUGAGUCAUUCCUCCAGCCUCCCUGUCACCAAACGUAAACUACACUGUUUAUCUGACCUGCAAAAUCAAAAUUAAAGACGCAAUAAAAUAGUCAAACUGCCUAAGCAGCUCGUUUAUAAUUGUUGCCGUGAAAUAAUCCCUGCGUGUUUCCCUUCUUCCUUUCUCCCUCCUUCCUUCUUUCCUUUUCUUCUUCCUCCCUCCCUCCUUCCUUUUUUUUUUUUUUUUUUUUUUUUUCCGGAGCUGGGGACGGAACCCAGGGCCUUGCGCUCGCUAGGCAAGCGCUCUACCGCUGAGCUAAAUCCCCAACCCCUCCUUCCUUCUUUCUUUUCUCCCUCCUUUCCUUCCUUCCUUGUUUCUUCUGUCCCUCCUUCCUUCUGUCCCUCUCUUCUGCCCUCUCACCCUUCCUUCCUCAAGGAAGGGUCAAGGCAGGGUCUCCCUUUGAGUUUCUAGUUAGCCUGGAAUUUGAAACAUAGGCCAGGCUGGUCUUGAACUUACAUCGAUCCUUCUGCCCCAGCUUCUUCUUGGUUUCUGGGAUACAGACUUGAUAUUUUCCAAUUGUUUUGUGACCUGCUCUUGGCUCCAGCUCUCUUCCGCCUUUCUAGUUUAUAAAUCCAACCCCUUCAGCAGGGCUCAUGGGACACUUGCUCCACUUUUAUGAAGAGAAGGCUGGCCUGGUUCAGUAAUUGCGAAGUAAUUAGCAUCUUUAAACUAAAGCUGUCUUUUAUCACCAUUUUGCAAAGUGUAUAUAUGGGCAGCACUGGGGCACAGGGGAAGGCGGUUAGCCUCCGUAUUCCCUGGGAAUGGAAAUGCUAAGUUCAACAAGCCCCUCACCAAGGGGUCAGCUGCUGCCUUCCUAAUCACCCCAAAUGAGAGUUACAGAGAGAGGCGUGUCUGUCCAUGGGCAGAAAUCGGAAAAGACUGGCUCUCAGGAGAAGUUGCUGACCGUGGGGGCUGUGGAUCCUUCCCUAUGCCUUGGUCCCAGUCAGCGGUGGUGGCCGCAGGACUGACCGCACGUGCAUACCGGAGAGGGAUGGGGACCGAUCCAUCAACGUCUUUUACCCUUGAAAAGGUGGAAGAAAUGCGCAAGCGCAGGCGGGGGCCCUACAGGUCUUCAGCGCCAGCCCUGCCCCGGUGUUCCGUGCUCGGUCCGGGUUGCUGUAGCGGUCCGCAGAGACCGCAGGGGGCGAGGUCCCCAGCGGAAGGGCUAGAGUAGAUGUGGGGCCGCGCGCCGGUCCUCCCACGCGCGUGCACGCCCCUCCGGUUUGUCUUCGUGCGCGCACGCGCGAAGCCCCUCCUGUCCAUCUUGCCGCGCGUGCACGCCCCUCCUCCCGGCCAUCUCCCUGCGCGUGCGUCUCAGUUGGUCCUCAGAAAGGCACGCGCCUCGCCUUAAACGUGGGCCCAGGACGCGCGGCCCGCAUGGAGAGCGAGCGGCGGCCGCUGCGGGCCUGGCCGGGCUGGGGCUGAGGCCGAGCCAGCCGCGGGCUUCCGCAGCCCGGGCCGGAGCCCAUCAUGCGGCGGCUGCGGCGCUUGGUGCACCUAGUGCUCCUCUGCCCUUUCUCUAAGGGCCUGCAGGGCCGGCUCCCAGGCCUCAGGGUCAAGUAUGUCUUGCUGGUCUGGCUGGGCAUCUUCGUGGGCAGCUGGAUGGUCUAUGUGCACUACUCGUCCUAUUCAGAGCUCUGCCGAGGGCACGUCUGUCAGUGUGACCAGUACCAGAAAGGCAUCAUCUCGGGCUCUGUCUGCCAGGACCUGUGUGAGCUGCAGAAGGUGGAGUGGAGGACCUGCCUGUCUUCAGCCCCAGGCCAGCAGGUGUACAGUGGGCUCUGGCAAGACAAAGAGGUGACCAUCAAAUGUGGCAUUGAAGAGGCGCUGAACUCCAAGGCCUGGCCAGAUGCAGUCCCGAGGCGGGAGCUGGUGCUGUUUGACAAGCCCACCAGGGGCACCUCCAUCAAGGAGUUUCGGGAGAUGACCCUCAGCUUCCUGAAGGCUAACUUAGGAGACCUGCCCUCCCUGCCAGCGCUGGUUGACCAGAUACUUCUUAUGGCGGACUUCAACAAGGACAGCAGGGUAUCCCUGGCGGAAGCCAAGUCUGUGUGGGCCCUGCUGCAGCGCAAUGAGUUCCUGCUGCUGUUGUCCCUUCAGGAGAAGGAGCAUGCUUCCCGGCUGCUGGGCUACUGCGGGGACCUCUACCUUACCGAGAGCAUCCCUCACGGCUCCUGGCACGGGGCAGUGUUGCUGCCUGCCUUGCGCCCCCUUCUACCAUCUGUGCUGCACAGGGCUCUCCAGCAGUGGUUUGGACCUGCAUGGCCAUGGCGUGCAAAGAUCGCCAUUGGCCUGUUGGAAUUUGUAGAGGAGCUCUUCCAUGGUUCCUAUGGUACCUUCUACAUGUGUGAGACUACACUUGCCAAUGUGGGGUACACAGCCACCUACGACUUCAAGAUGGCUGACCUGCAGCAGGUGGCCCCAGAGGCCACUGUGCGUCGCUUCCUUCAGGGCCGCCACUGUGAGCAGAGCUCUGACUGCAUCUAUGGGCGAGACUGCAGGGCGCCAUGUGACAAGCUCAUGAGGCAGUGCAAGGGUGACCUCAUCCAGCCCAACUUGGCCAAGGUGUGCGAGCUGCUGAGGGACUAUCUGCUGCCCGGAGCCCCUGCGGACCUUUAUGAGGAGCUGGGCAAACAGCUUCGCACAUGCACCACACUGAGUGGACUGGCCAGCCAGGUUGAGGCUCACCAUUCUCUGGUGCUUAGCCACCUUAAGACCUUACUCUGGAGGGAGAUCUCCAACACCAACUACUCUUAAGGCUGCAGGCUCCGGCCACUUGGGCUCUGCUGUGGGUGGAACUCCCACAGGCUAUCUACCCCCCUGCAAUCAAGUCUCCCCACUCAUCCCAGCUCAGCAGGAGUCCCUGUCAGAGGCUGGCCCACUGGGGCCAUUCCUCUGAAUAUGUAAAUAAAUGGCUCUUAUGUGA